UGCAACUGUCACAUGACUUAUCGAUACUUUCCAAUUGUCAAAACCUGGCCACGCGAAGUAGCCAGCUAAACUUCCGUUUUCCAAUCGUUCUUUCGUUCUCAGACCGUCUUCGAGACCAGAAGAAAAAUGAGAGCUAAGUGGCGUAAGAAGCGUAUGCGUAGGUUGAAGCGUAAGCGCAGGAAGAUGCGUGCAAGGUCCAAGUAAGCGCACUGACUUCGCCCAUUGAGAGUGGAACUUCUGACGUACAAAAAACUGAACAUACCGACUGGGCAAUAACACGCCCGAAGUAAUUCGCAUUUCUCAAAAAAAAGAAAAACAAAAAAUGUGCUUUUAGAAAAUCAGUUUGAAAAUUCAAGUUGAAACUAAAUAAAUUACUGGUUAUACAAAAGUUCCACAAAAAAAAUUACAAAUUUGUUGUGUGUAAAUUUGCUAAGAGGAAAAAUUAUAGCGAGACGGAAACGAAUCGAGCGUGCUUUUUCAACAUAACCACAUUUUCUAUGUGUAGGCUGCGCGUGCAAAUUUCUGUGGCCCGCUCAAAAUAUUUAUAGGUGGUGCAGCGUUGGAGCGCCGGCUAAAUUUUUGCAUUUGUCAUAUUGCGAUAUUUGCAGACUACGGAACCACGUGAAUCUUUGAUAAGUGAAAAGCGAGGACCAAUGAAAACCCCCAAUGCCAAUGCUCACUCGUCAACUGUUCAGGUACUUCAAGCGGUCGGAGGUGGAGUCUCAGGAGCCGUGACCCGUUUCGUCAGUCAGCCUUUCGAUGUGCUGAAGAUACGCUUUCAAUUGCAGGUGGAGCCGCUGUCCAAGUCAAAUGAAUCCGCAAAAUAUGGGGGCAUGUUGCAGGCUUUCGCCACUAUUUACCGCGAGGAGGGAAUGCGUGGCAUCUGGAAGGGUCACGUAGCUGGCCAGGUGAUGAGCAUCAGCUAUGCCUUCGUUCAGUUCUGGUCCUAUGAGCAACUGCGUCAUGCUGCUGCCCAAACCAAAUUCUUUCACGACCACAAUCACCUCAGCUACUUUGUAUGUGGCGGCACUGCGGGCUGCCUGGGCACCUUGGUUGCCCAGCCCUUUGAUGUGGUGCGCACUCGAGUGGUGGCCGCUGAUCCGGACAGUAGCACUAGCAAAUUGCGUGCAGUCUCCGGGGCGUAUCGUGUGUUUCGCUAUGAGGGACUUCGCGGCAUAACGAGCGGCUUGGCUUUGACACUGCUGCAGAUUUAUCCGCUGGUCGGUGCCAAUUUUGUAUUUUACAAACUCUUCAAUCGGAUGCUCGUGACGUUCGGUGAAUACAUUUUCGAUAAACCAAAUCCGGAGCAUCAAAUACCCGGCCCCUUGCUAUUCUUGAGUGGCUUCACAGCGGGUGUUCUCUCCAAAAUGCUUGUCUAUCCCGCAGACGUGAUCAAGAAGCGGUCGAUGCUGCAUCACUUCGAGGACGAUCGCAAGUCCUUUGGCGAGAAUCCAAAAUGUCGCAGUGUGCGGGAAUGCAUCGCCAACACCCUGAAGUACGAGGGUCCCGCUGGCUUUUACAAGGGCAUGCUGCCGACUCUCUACAAGUCUGGUGUGAUGGCUGCCUGCUACUUUACCAUUUACGACACCUUCAAUCACUAUGUGACCCAUCCCUAUCAGCGCUACGAAAAAUCCCUGGAAGAGGAGAAGCAAAGGCAAGCGAAGAAAGGCAAAUGGUAGCUAGUUUUAUCGAAUGCAUUUUACUCCCUUUUUAACUAUGUGUUCUAAAUUGGAAAGGUGUGCUACUCGCCUAGUCAUACCUAUAUGUGCACUA